UGGAAAAAAAAAACACAACCUUUUAGGGUUUCAAAAAAAAAAUCCAGAGGGAAAAGAAAACAAAGACCAAUUCUCUCUCUCCUUCCUCUCUUUCGUUUCCACGAUUUUGCUAGAGAGAGAAGAGAAUUGGAGAUAUUAUUAUUAGCUUAAGAGAAGAGAAAAAAAAUCGUAUUUUCCUGGAAAAUUUCUACUUUUUCCUCUUCUUGGGUGAUUGAAAAGAAUUCGCUUUCAGCUGGUGAAAACCCAAUAAUUUAAUUUCAAAUCUCUUUUAGGGAUUUUUUUGGUUCGAUAAAGUAGGGUGAAUUAUUACUAUGUUUAUCCAGAGAUUGUGAAAAUUGGAUACAAACAAAGGCUAUGGAUUUGGUAACAUGUUGUGAUUGUGGAUGCGAUUGCUCUGCUUCUCCACCUUCCUGGAUUCGAUCCGUCAAGCGAAAACACGAUGAGCUCACCAACGACAACGAUAAGAACCGAUUCCACAUACCUGAGCUUGACUCGGACUUGGACUUAUCUUCUUCCAAUGCCAAAGUCCAAAUCGAGAACGAAUGCGAGCUCCUGCGCGAAACCGUCACCUCCCAGCAGGAAUCGAUCCAGGACCUCUACGCCGAGCUCGACGAAGAGCGCAACGCCGCUUCCACUGCAGCCAGCGAGGCCAUGUCCAUGAUACUGAAGCUGCAGAGGGAUAAAGCCGAGAUCCAGAUGGAGCUGAGGCAGUUCAAGCGGUUCGCCGAGGAGAAGAUGGAGCAUGACCAGCAAGAGCUUUUGGCUCUUGAGGAUUUGGUUUACAAGAGGGAGCAGACGAUUCAGGCUCUCACCUGUGAAGCUCAGGGUUAUAAGCAUAGGAUGAUGAGUUAUGGGGUUGAUGAGUCUGAGUUUGAUGGGGAGAGGAUGAACGUGCUUAGCCGUAGUGACACUGAGUUCGAGUAUGACCUCCCUGCGUAUGAUUACCCUCCUCUUAAGUGCAAUCCCCUGGAGGCUGAUGCUGAUGUGGAGGAUGAUGUUGAGAAGUAUGCACUGACUGAUUAUUCUUCACCUCACGGCCGAGAAGAUUUGAGGAGUUUGGAACAGAGGAUAAGUCAGAUGGAGAGGAUUCCUCGCUUUACUCCGGCUCAUGGUGAUGAGAAGGAGGUGGUUGGUCAGAGACAUCUCAGGAGGGACUCCACUGCUAGUUCAAGUUCACUGUUGGAAACAAAUGGGGAUCAAAGGCCUGAUUUUACUGUUGAUACCCCACGGUCCAACACCGGUAGCUUCAGGAAAGUGGAAGGUGACUACUUGCCAGAAACAGGAGAUAAUAAUGACUUGGAUGAUGAUAGAGUGUAUACCAUUGAUUCUAUCCACAACAGUGUAUCUCAGAGUGAUGCUUCUGAGCAGAAGUUUAACACAGCUGAUGAAACAUUGAACCAGCCUGAUCUUAGUGAUCCUGGUAUAACGAAGCUCUACAUGAGGCUUCAAGCGCUGGAGGCUGACAGGGAAUCAAUGAGACAGGCGAUUGUGUCUAUGAGGACUGAGAAAGCUCAAAUGGUUCUUUUGAAAGAGAUUGCCCAACAUCUUUCAAAGGAUAUUAUACCGGAACGGAGAUUGCCUCUGCAGAAAGCAUCUACUGCUGGAGCAUUCAGUUUCAUAUCUAUCUUUAAGUGGAUCACAUCUUUUCUUCUCUGGAGAAAGAGGGCUCGUCGAAGCAAGUACAUGAACGGGAUGCGAGGGAGCAACAUGGGGUUGCAAGUGCUUCUAGAGAAGACUCCUCGGAUACGGCAAUGGAGAUGUCUUUCAAGAACCCAAGUGUGAAACGGAUCCACGUUCUCCAACUCGGUGAAAUCUGAAGUGCUUAAUGUGAGAAUGCUGGGGAGUACUCUCCCAUCUUCAUUCAUGGUUACUGAGAAAGAAUGUUUUCUCUGUGUGCAGUAGUGUUCUUUCUUUAUUUCAUUUUGCAUUUGCCAUAUUUUAUUUGUUGUUUGGGGGUGGGUUUGAAAUGCAUAAAUGUCUUGAACGGUGGGGGUUUGAUUAUUGUCUUUUUAUACAGUAAGCUGUGUAUAAUUUUCCCACAUUCUUGUUUGGGUUUUCUCUGGCAAAGAAAAGGAUACAAAACUUCCGGUGGUAACCGGAACUUGGUGUUGUA